AGUCCUGGCUUCCAGCCCCCUGCUCUAGCCACUAGACCCCACUCCUCUCCCAGAGCACAGAUCCUGGCUUGCCGGGUGGGGUUCCUAUGCCCGCCCACCUGGCUUGUGGGGGCUUGUGUCUGGUAAAGCAGCUGGCUGGGAAGAUCUGGUGCAUUUGUUAGCUCUGCCUGCUCCAUCCAUCCUGCGUUUGACCUGGGUCCCUCUCGUCCCUGCCAGCUGGAACAGGGCAGCCCGAGAAGGAGCCCAGGAGCCCAGGCAGCGGGUGGCAGAGAGCUGCUCCCGGAUGCCCACCCUGCCCCACCAUGCCCGUGGGCCCCGGGCGUAGCGGGCCGCCCUGGCUAGCGGCUCCCGGCCCCCGCAAGCCACCGGGGCACCGCUGAGCGACGGCAGGACGGCGGCGUCGAGGGCCAACAUGGUGGAGCUGGAGAAGGAGGUGCUGCCGCUGCCCCCUCGCUACCGCUUCCGGGACCUGCUGCUGGGGGACUGGCAGGCCGACGAGAGGGUCCAAGUGGAGUUUUACGUCAACGAAAACACCUUCAAGGAGCGGCUGAAACUCUUCUUCAUCAAGAACCAGCGCUCCAGUUUGCGGGUGCGUCUGUUUAACUUCUCUCUCAAGCUGCUCAGCUGCCUCCUGUACAUCAUCCGAGUGCUGCUGGACGACCCCCAGGAGGGCCGUGGGGGCUGCUGGGGCUGCCCGAGGCAGAACCACUCUGCUCACCACCUGAGUAAAUUUGACUGGACCCCAAUUAUCUGGGUGAAUAGGCCUCUGCCCCUCUGGGGGCUGCAGGUGCUGGUGGCUUUGAUCAGUUUCCUGGAGACGAUGCUGCUGGUGUAUCUCGGCUACAAGGGGAACUUGUGGGAGCAGGUUCUGCGGGUUCCCUUCAUGCUGGAGAUGAUGAACACGGCACCUUUCCUCAUCACGGUGUUCUGGCCCCCACUGCGCAAUCUCUUCAUCCCAGUGUUCCUGAACUGCUGGCUGGCCAAGCACGCCCUGGAGAACAUGAUUCAGAACGAUCUCCACCGCGCCAUCCAGCGGACGCACUCGGCCAUGUUCAACCAGGUCUUGAUUCUGGUCUGCACCCUGGUGUGCCUGAUGUUCACCUGCAUCUGUGGGAUCCAGCACCUGGAGCGCGCGGGCAACAACCUGACCCUCUUUGACUCGCUCUACUUCUGCAUCGUCACCUUCUCCACCGUGGGCUUCGGGGACGUCACCCCCAAGAUCUGGCCCUCCCAGCUGCUGGUCGUCAUCAUGAUCUGCGUGGCGCUCAUUGUCCUGCCCAUCCAGUUUGAGCAGUUGGCCUUCCUGUGGAUGGAGCGCCAGAAGUCGGGGGGCAACUACAGCCGGUACCGGGCGCAGACGGAGAAGCACGUGGUGCUGUGCGUGAGCUCCCUCAAGAUCGACCUGCUCAUGGACUUCCUCAACGAGUUCUACGCCCACCCCCGCCUGCAGGACUACUAUGUGGUGAUCCUGUGCCCCACGGAGAUGGACGUGGCUGUGAGGCGGGUGCUGCAGAUCCCGCUCUGGUCCCAGCGUGUCAUCUUCCUGCAGGGCUCGGCCCUCAAGGACCAAGACCUCAUGCGGGCCAAGAUGGAUGACGCAGAGGCCUGCUUUAUCCUCAGCAACCGCUUCGAAGGGGACCGGAUCGCUGCGGAUCAUCAGACCAUCCUCAGGGCCUGGGCAGUCAAGGACUUUGCCCCUAACUGCCCCCUGUAUGUGCAGAUCCUCAAACCCGAGAACAAGUUCCACAUCAAAUUCGCAGACCACGUGGUCUGCGAAGAGGAAUUCAAGUACGCCAUGUUGGCUCUGAACUGCGUGUGUCCAGCCACUUCCACCCUCAUCACACUGCUGAUCCACACCUCGCGGGGCCAAACUGCCCCCAUGGAGCCCUUCAAGCCACGGCCGAGCGCCUGGCAGCCCCCAUCCAGGGACGGCCCUGCCUCGCCGGAGCAAUGGCAGAGAAUGUACAGCCGCUGCUCGGCCAACGAGGUCUACCACGUCCGGCUGGGGGACAGCAAGUUCCUGAGUCAAUACCAGGGCAAGAGCUUCACCUACGCCUCCUUCCACGCACAUAAGAGGUACGGGGUGUGCCUGAUCGGCGUGUGCCGGGAGGACAAGAACAACAUCCUGCUGAACCCGGGGCCCUGCCACAUCCUGGCCUCUUCGGACACCUGCUUCUACAUCAACAUCUCCAAGGAGGAGAACUCGGCCUUCGUCCUCCGCCAGCGGGAGCAUCUGCACCGGAGCCGCCUGGCCACCCCGGCUUACCCCGGCCUGACGCGUCUGCCCGUGCACAGCAUCAUCGCCAGCAUGGGGACGGUGGCCAUGGACCUGCCGGACUCUGACAGCAGCCUGGACAGCGCGGACAGGACCACGCUGGGCCUGGCGGCCGACCCGGUGGGCACCGAGAAGCGCCACAGCAUCGCCCCCGUGCUGGAGGUUGUGGAUGCCAGCCGCAGCCCCACCUUCGACCUCCUGAGCGACCAGUCGGAGGACGAGGCCACCCACUCCGACGACGACGCGGCCACCUCCAGCACCUGGGUGAAGGGUUACCCCGCCAACUCCCCCUACAUCGGCAGCUCCCCCACCCUCUGCCACCUGGUCCAGGAGAAGCUCCCCUUCUGCUGCCUGCGGCUGGACAAGAGCUGUCACCACUACCCGUACGAGGAUGCCCGCGCCUACCACUUCCAGAACAAGCUCAUCAUCGUCUCGGCCGAGAGAGCCGCCAACGGGCUGUACAACUUCAUCGUGCCGCUGCGGGCGUAUUACCGGCCCCGCAAGGAGCUCAACCCCAUCGUGCUGCUGCUGGAGAACAUGCCGGAGACCCAUUUCCUGGAGGCGAUCUGCUGGUUCCCGCUGGUCUAUUACAUGGUGGGCUCCAUCGAUAACCUGGACGACCUGCUGCGCUGCGGCGUGACCUUUGCUGCCAACAUGGUGGUUGUGGACAAGGAGAGCUCCAUGAUCGCGGACGAGGACUACAUGGCCGACGCCAAAACCAUCGUCAAUGUCCAGACGCUGUUCAGGCUGUUCCCAGGCCUGAACAUCAUCACGGAGCUGACGCACCCGGCCAACAUGCGCUUCAUGCAGUUCAAGGCCAAGGAUCACUACGCGCUGGCCCUGUCCAAGCUGGAGAAGGAGGAACGGGAGAACGGCUCCAACCUGGUGUUCAUGUUUCGCCUGCCUUUCGCCGCCGGGAAGGUUUUCAGCGUCAGCAUGCUGGACACGCUGCUCUACCAGUCGUUUGUGAAGGAUUACAUGAUCUCCAUCACCCGCCUGCUCCUGGGGCUCGACUCCAUGCCAGGCUCCGGCUUCCUGUGUGCGCUGAAGGUGACCGAGGACGACCUGUGGAUCCGCUCGUACGGGCGCCUCUACCAGAAGCUCUGCUCCAGCACGGGCGACAUCCCGAUCGGCAUCUACCGCACGGAGAGCCACCUGUUCUCCACCGCCGAGCCGCAGGUCUCCGUCGGCGUGGAGGACUACGAGGACACGCGGGAGCCGCGCGACGCCCUGAUCUGCCGCCUGGGGCCCCGCGACUCCACGAGCAGCGACCAGGCCGAGCAGCCGCUGCUCCGGCGGAAAAGCAUGCCGUGGGCUCGGCGGCUGAGCCGCAAGGGCGGGCGCCCCCCCGAGCACAUCAGCCAGCAGCGCCUGACGCUGUACCGCCGCUCCGAGCGCCAGGAGCUGGGCGCCCUCGUCAAGAGCCGCAUGAAACACCUGGGGCUCUCGGCCGCCGGAUACAUGGACAUGCUGGAUCACGGCAACACGCUGUCCUACAUCCUGCUCAACCCCUCGCCCGACACGCGGCUGGAAGUCAACGACGUGGUGUAUCUCAUCCGGCCCGACCCCCUGACCCUGGUCUCCGCCAGCAGCCCCAGCCGAAAAGCCAGCGUCAGCCGCUCUGAGGACCUCAAGGACAGCAUCAGCCUGUGACCCCAGCCAGGAGACACGUGCCAACACUGUGACCCCGUCCCCCCUGCUCAGCAAUGGACUCUGCCAGCCCCCCAGCCAAGAUCUGCCCCAGGGCACCCACUGGGCCUGAUCCUGGCCCCAGUCUCUACAGCUCCGGAGCCACAGGGGCGCUGCCCAGAGAAGAUUGGGGCCGUGCCCAUUCCGGGUCCAGGGCUUUCCCACUGGCUGUGGAAAGAGCAGCCCUCACCCAGCACGGGCAGCCCUGACCCAGCGGGCACUGUGCAUAUUCUGCCCCCUCCUGGGCACCCCAUGGGACAGUCAGCCAGGCCUGUCCCGCUGUGCCCGUGCCCACUGCCCCAUGCUUCCUGGAGCUCUGGCUGAGAUGGCCCUGCGCCCUGCCCCAUACUUUCCAGCCCCAGAGACAGGAAUCCAGCCCCUCUGCUCCCCCCAGGCAGCUCCCCAUCCCCACGCUGGGACCAGGUUGGGACCAGGGAGCUGAGCUCGGGCACCCCUCCUGUUUAAGGAUCGAGGCCGGGCACGCUGGGAAAUGCACUGCCCCCCCCCAGCCACUGGUGGAAUGUAGAGCGCCCCCACCCUCCCGGCUAAGGGACUUCUUAAUGCCAGAGAUUCCUCCGGCUCUGGUCUCACUGUGAACAUGGGCUCUUAGUUGUACAGAUACAAUAAAACUCAAGAGAAUCUCUAGCUGCCUGGCAGAGCUCCAUCAAUGUAGGAGCGGGGGACCUGCCUCUCCCCACGUGUUCGUGAAUCUUGCCAUAUUUCCUGGGAUCCCCACAUAAAUCUCCAGCUCCAGAGUCCUGUGAUCACAGGAGAUGUUUGGCUUUUGUUUAACCAACAGUGAGUGAAGCUGUGCAGCCGUCUGGUGACAGAAGAGCUGGGCUCGGACAGAAGACACAGCGCUUGGAGAGCUGAGCUGCCAGGCUGGGGUUGUUUAAACUCUUGUAAUUUUUAAUCUUGUCUCGUGAUUUUUCGCUCCAUCGGCAACCAGCCAGCCU